AUGAACUCCUCGCUGCUGAUUCUGGUGUUGUUACUGGCAGGUCAGUUGAUGGAGACUCAGAGCACGACAGAAGAAGGGGUCCUGCAGACUCCGAGGACCCCGGGACCUUGCUUUCCAAGCCCAUGCUGGUACCAGGGUGUCUGUAGUGUCGUCGAAGGCAGCCCAAGUUGUGCCUGUAAGCCGGGAUUCACAGGAGCAUUCUGCAAAGAAAUGGUGGUGGAUCUGCAAUGCAAGGAAGAGUUCAUGAGGAUGAUGGUGAGAAAGGAAGUCUUUGAAAUGGUCAAGAUCCCCUUGGCCCUGGUCCACCUGAAGAACAGCAACUGCAAAGUCUCUGAGCUAGAGGAAGGCGGUGCCGUGUUCUUUGGAGCAAAGCUGACUAAGGAGAAUCACACGGCAUGUGGAUCUCAGAUUCAGGUCAAUGGCUCUCAUGUGUCUUACGUCAAUGAGAUUCAGACGGACAGAGAGGAGGACGGUGUGAUCACAAGGACUGUGGUUCUUAAUGUGCGCUUCUCCUGCAACUAUGCCUACACACGUGUUGUUGGUUUGCUCCACCCACUCAGAGCUGUGGACACGCUUGCGCAGUUUGCAGUGAAGGAAGGGGACUUCACAGUGACCAUGAAGCUGUAUGACAGUUCCAGCUACGAUCGAGCCUAUUCCCCGCAGCAGUUGCUUUCCCUCCUGCUGACGGAUACCCUUUACGUCCUUCUGCAAAUUGAAGGGCAGCAGCUGGUGAAGUACUUCUUCCUGAGCAUGGAGGACUGCUGGGGCACUCCUGUGAGGGACCCAAGCCACAGCCUAAAGCACCAUCUGAUUAUGAAAGGGUGUCCCCACGACAAGACCGUGACCUUCCUCAAUCUCAUUGGCACCAGCACUGUGGCAAAGUUCAGUUUUCAGAUGUUCCAGUUCAAAAACUUCACGGAGGUGUUCCUCCACUGCAACGUGCGCCUGUGUGUUCCAGAAAACCAGGAGCCAUGUGCUAAGCAAUGUCCUACUAAGUCGAAACGCAAAAGAGCAAUGGAUGAUGACUACAGCAAGAUAGUCUCCUACGGACCCAUUCGCCUCCAGGCCCCGACAUCCUUGGAAGCACAGAACACUGUGUCUAAGAAACGCCAAGAGUCUCUGUGGGAACUACAGCUAUGGAUCCCCAGUGCAGUAGUUUCAGCAGGCAUCGGUAUUGCCAUAAUUUUGAUUGCUGUAGCCAAAGCCAUGAAGAAAUGA